GAAGAUGGGCGGAGACCUGGCCGUCUGCGACUUCGGCUGCUGCCUGAUCUCGAAGAAGAAAACACAGCAUGCACAUAAACUUUUGAAGCUCCGCGCGGAGUUCUUGGAUCGGCGCUGGACCCCCCCCCCUUCCCUAUCGCGCCAGGGACGGCGCCGGCAGCGCCGCCAGGGGGGCCAGCGCCGGUCCGGGAAAACCGUGUGGAGCUCCGAAAGUUGACGGUUGUGCUGCCUUUUGUUCCUCUACGAUCCUGGUGUCCUUCUUCGUCAUGGUCUUCGUCGAGGGCGGCGCAGACACGCACGCGCCGGCCCGGGAGCCACCGCUCCCCGCCCCGACCGCGCGCAGCCCCUCCGACCCGCUGCUCCGAGGCGGCUGCGUGGCGAUGGGCAACACCCUCGCGCUGCCGCUGUCGCCAGUCGCCCCAGCGCAGGGCGCGCGGGUCUUGGCGCAGGACGACCAGGAGGCGGCCGCGAGGACGGCCUCUGCGUCCACCGUGGGCUCCGGGGCCAGCGCCGGGCCCGGGCGCACGCGACUGCUCAACAGGCUCGUGGGCGUGGUCCUAGCCAUCGUGGGCGGCGGGCUGUGCGGGGUCCAGAGCGUCCCGGCGACCCUCUACAACGCAGAGCACCCAGGGAACCGGCCCACGGCGGUCGUGCUUCCCCAGUGUUUUGGGAUCUGGGUGGCCUCCACGGCCAUAUACAACGUGUAUGCGUCGCUCGCCCGGCUGGCAGGUGUACCCGUGCCGCACGCCGUCAUCCGCCCCGCGUAUUUCAGCGGGUGCAUUUGGGCAUUGGGUUUCGCUUGCAUGAUCGGAGGCAUACACGAGCUCGGUUAUUCCAUCGGGUACACCUUGGACGCCGUUGGGCCCAUCGUUGUGUCUAGCCUGAUUUCGGUCUUCGUCUUCAGAGAAAUCACUGGCGAGAAGCAGCUGAAGCUAUUCGCGUGCGCGUUCCUCUGUCAGCUCGUCGGCGUCGUGCUGAUCGCGGCGUUCGGGCAUCCUGCCGGUUGAGCGAAGCUGGUGUGCACCCAAGGUGCGCACAGCUCUUGUCCUCUGUUCUUACCCGUGCACACACACACACAAACACAUACGGCGCCGCAAGCACAGUGGUGAGCCCGUCGCGUCUGCCUGCGUGGUGGUCGCUGGCGGGUGGCGCGGUGCGAAGGAGCGCACCAGUUGGCGAGUUUCAGCUCAAGGUUUUCCAGCUCGGCGGAGGCUAAGUCUGUACGGAGUAAGUCCAUACGGAGUGUUCGGUCUCCGUCUGGACUUCCUCUGUCUGGACGUAGCCUCUCCUGACCAGCGCUCGUACCUUUCGCCAGAGUGGCCUUUGGGUGCGGGCACAUUUGGGGUCCUCUGGUGGCCGAAUGCGGCGCGAUAGCAGCGGCUUCCGCGCUCGGGCUUGCCCCCCCGUCCCCCCCCCCCUGCGCCCC